UAUUCGGCUUGCUCGGCUCGGCUCGGCUCAACCCCUCCUCCACCACAACGCCCCACCGGAGAAACGACCGGCGGCGGCGAUCCCAGGCGCCUGUCCCCGGCGGCGGCAACCGACGACUCUUCUACCCCCUCCCGAUCUAUUGAGCUGAGGAGGGGAGAUGGAUUCUGCUAAGGAGAUUCUCCGGAGGGUCCAUUCAAAGAAGAAACCGUGUGUGGAUGGCGAAUCACACCAGCAUUCCCCGACGUCGAUGUCUGCCGCGGUAUCCAAGGUGCUCGAAGACGACGACCUCCUCAGGGAGAUUAUUGUCCGUGUCGGCUUCCCCACCACCCUCGUGCGUGCUUCCCUCGUCUGCAAGCGCUGGUACCACCACAUCUCUGACCGCCGGUUCCUCCGCCGCUUCCGCGAGCGCCAUCCGCCCCGCCUCCUUGUUUUGCCAUGUCCCCGAAGAUGAGUGUUCACAGUCGUCCUGCCACGCUUCGUCCCGAUUUUGCCUCUGCCCCCAGAGCUCGCUGCCGUGGUCAGCCGCGUGGCGAGCUACAGCUUUGGCGUCGACGGCGACGAAUGGAUCAGGGAGUGCCGGCGCGGCAGUGUCUUGACCGGACGCUAUGAAGGAUUAUUAUGGAGACAUAGAGUGCACCACCCACUGUGCUCUGGGAGAGACAUGGACAUCCUCCCACCACUCCCAAGCGUCCAGAACUCUAGUUACCACAUGUUCAGUACAAUCCUCUCCAAAGAAGAUGGCGCCGGCGGCAUGUCCUACGUGUACAUGUUGGUGGAGGGGGUUGAUGAGAAUAAAGUUUUUAGGGUGCGCGUGUAUAUGUUGCAACGCGGUGUCUGGUGCAUGCAUACCUCAUCUACCACAAAGAUCCCUCUUCUGUUGUUGCCACGGAAAGUUUUGCUUGUUGACAAUAAAAUCUAUAUAGCUGACAAGUUCAGUGACGACAUUAUUGUCUUGGAAUUGCCAGCCUCAAGUUUCUCCAAAAUUUCGGUCCCACAGGGAGUGCAGUGUCACCAUUAUACCACCAUCUUGUCACGAGCCGAUGAUGCAUCCGGUGUAUAUCUCACCCAUGUUCAUGUCAAGGAGCUUCAGCUUUGUAUCUGGCUCCACAAGGGGCACAACUGGUUGCUGGUCAAUACCAUUUGUUUGCGUCAGAUGUGGGCUAAUUUGAGGAUGCUAGAUCAUACGCUUGGGGAUGAGGAUGUUGAUUUUCACUUCUUAAGCCAUGUGGGGGAUAAUGCUGAGUUUGUGUUCUUGGAAAUGUCUAAUUGCACACUCCAUCUGGACGUCACGAGCAGGACACUGCGUAAAGUGCAUGGGACGCCGAUAAAGAAUGGGCAUUUCAUUGCUGUCCAUCCUUUUAUGAUGAUUUGGCCACCCAUAUUCCCUCUGCUGAAGGAUGCUACUGCAAGGAAUGGCAUGUGAAGGAGGAGGAUAGCAGGAAGCUUUUGGAUGGUCAGCUACAAUGGUGUCGUCAAGGGAGAUCAGGGAGCUGCAUUUCCUUAGUAGCAGUUCUAACAGUCUUUAUUAUAACUCGUAGUGGAUUAGUUAUGAUGGUAUGUAGCUCGAGCAGGUACUCCUAUGCCUAUGGUACCAUGACUAUUUGCGACCGAGAUAUUGGUUUCAUGAA